UUCUCCUCACUUAAUCACAGUAGCUCUCAGCUAGCUAGCUAAACCAGUGCUAAUUGUGUUGCUAAUUUGUGUUGAUUUGUGAUUUUGAUACGAGAUGGCCGGAGUAGGGAGGACGAUGAUCGCGCCGCUGCUGGUGCUGAAUCUGAUCAUGUACUUGAUCGUGAUCGGGUUCGCGAGCUGGAAUCUCAACCACUACAUCAACGGCGAGACCAACCACCCGGGGGUCGCCGGCAACGGCGCCACCUUCUACUUCCUCGUCUUCGCCAUCCUCGCGGGGGUGGUCGGCGCCGCCUCCAAGCUCGCCGGCGUCCACCACGUCCGCUCCUGGGGCGCGCACAGCCUCGCCGCCGGCGCCGCGUCGGCGCUCAUCGCCUGGGCCAUCACCGCGCUCGCCUUCGGCCUCGCCUGCAAGGAGAUCCACAUCGGCGGCUACCGCGGGUGGCGCCUCCGCGUGCUCGAGGCCUUCGUCAUCAUCCUCGCCUUCACGCAGCUGCUCUACGUCGCCAUGCUCCACGGCGGCCUCUUCUCCGGCAACCACGCCGCCGGCGCCGGCGGCUACGGCGGCGACUACCCCGCCGACCACCACCACAAGCCCGCCGCCGCGGCCAGGGUCUAACUGAAUUUGACCCCGACACACCGGCCAAUCGAUCGAUGCCAUCCAUCAUGCACACGACUGCCUAUAUAUCUCGGUGUGAUCGAGCUUUGAUUUUCUCGUAAUUUCUUCACUUUGUGUUUCCCGCUCGUGCAUUGCUGCUAGAUGCAAUGGCAAUGCACGAACAACGCUGUUCAUAUACUCUCCGUAUGUAAACUUCUGUUCUCUGUAUCGACGUUCGUAAUCAUAUGUAUGUACCGUUUGGUUUGGUUUUAGUUCAAAUGUUUGCUGCUGUGUGUUUGGUUCUGUUUGAA